UCCUUUUCGCGAAGCAGAUAGUCUUUGAAGUGGCACAACGUGACACCGAAUACUAAAAAUGUGGUGCAAAAUUAGUCAAACAUCGGUUUGCGCCUUAAUAGUCGUUAUUUUAGCUAUACAGGUUAGAAGUGGGCACCUAGCGAAUUUGGAGCAAUGCAGGCAAAAGUUUCUAGAGCAAACGAAGAACUUCGAUUUCAGUCAAAUUCCCAAGUGCUACAAUGCCAGUAAAUUGGCAGAAGCCAAACGUUACGCGGACGUUUUUGGAGGACUAGUUCAGUCUGUACCAGAUGAAUGUAAACGACCGAAUACAUCGAACUUUAAGCUUUGCCUAAGUAGUACUUUGGCGUAUCUGAGAAACCACAUUCAAGAGUUUCAAGUGAGCAUCGCCGGCAGCGUUAAUGCUUUAUUUGAUGGGGCCAAAAUCUGCGUGGACAUCGCCACUCAACAGUUUUCAGAUCUUGAUCAGUAUAUUGCAAAGGGAUGUCCUGAUAACUGAUUCAAUUAAGCUGUUAAUUCAUUAUACGCCCCUUAAACUCGUCGAGAGUUUUAAAAUAUAUUUCGUUUCAAGCAGCAAGACAACACUGAAGAAAAAUUCCCCCUUUCUUCGUUUUUUUCUCACCGGCGGACAACUGAAAAAUUGACUUUAGCUCUUGGAAUCGACAUCCAUAUUUAAAUAAAUCCGGCUGCAUUAUU